CACCUCUGGCUCUUCCUUCUGCAGAGAGGAGCUUGCCAUGCGUCUGGAUUUAACAGAAGCAAGAGUUCAGGUCUGGUUUCAGAACAGAAGGGCAAAAUGGAGGAAACGUGAAAAAACAGAAAUUUUAGGGAAUGUUCCCAGUGUCUCCUUGGCACAUCCCUUGGGUCUCUUCUUGGAUGUUCCUUUAAGCCAUUCUCCUCUUCUGGACCACACAUGGAGAUCACUCCCGCUGUCAACUCUUGCUGUACCCUCUGUAUCACCAGCUUUCAGCCCGGCAUCCUUAGGGCCUUUUGGACUCAGCAGUCUCACCUGGACCUCUCUCUUCAGGAAUCCGAUUUUAAAUCCACAUUUUGGAAGGUUCCUCAAUGCUCUAAAUCCUCUCAUGACAACAGCGUCAGUAGUAAUGAAAGCUCCCGGACCCCCAUCAGACCCUGCUCUCACUGCCUUCACUGAUCCGGCAGCAGUUGAAAGGAAAACGUCCAGCAUUGCAGCACUAAGACUCAAAGCGAAAGAACAUUCAGCACAAAUCCCUCAAUUAAACCUUAUAUCCAGUCUUACAAACACUAACAAAGAACUUUGUUAGAAACUUUCCCCACGGACUGCAGGCGCGCAGGAGAAAGCAAAUGCCUUCUCCCAUAAGUCCAUGCAGCGGUAUAGGAACACAUUAAAAACCCCACUCAUCCGUAGUUCCUCCGUCUUCAAAAUGGACCGAUGGAAAUUAACCCUGCCUAAAGAAAACGGGCUCUGUUUUUAUAUGCUAAAGUCACACGAUGUCAUAGCAAACGGGCCACGGACAUCGCGUCUAUUCGGUGAAUUUCUGAUAUGACAAAAAGGUAUCAAUCGGGAAUCGACUCUUUUACAUAAGCAAGUAUAAUAUAAAGGAGUUUGCAGCGAAAGCUCAUGGGACACCAGGCAUAAGUAACAAAGGUUCAAACCGUUGUAGUAAGAACAUUAGUAGCUUUCAAAGCGUUGUGAGCAAUGAUGUCUGGGGAGGAACUCGGCUGCAGAAACUUAGCCCUGAGAUCAGUACAUGGUAUGUCCUUAACUUGAAGAUCACGCUUCAUGUUGAAGUACAAAUGCCAGUGAAAUUUCACAAAG